UGAAUUAAAUACAAAAUAAAUUAAAGAUUUUUUAAUUUUUUAAUUUUUUAAAUUACAGUACCAAACCCAGUAGAACUGACAGCAAGCGACUCUGCAGUGGACUCUGUGAGGGCAACAUGGCUGAAACCUGCAGGAGAGGUUACGAGCUACGAGGUACAGUGUAGUAAUGGGACCGUGGUGCCCCCUCCAGUCCAGACUGGUGAUGGUCCUUUCACAGCAUCCUGUGAAGAUCUUCCAACACCAGGAGAUGAGUACACAAUGAAUGUUACCAGUGUCAGCAAUGGAAAGAGUUCGGAUGUAAAAACUAUCGCCUUGAGAGCAUUACCUGAAGCAGUCACCUUGAAUGAAGAGAGGGGCAUGGUAACCACUACCACCAUCGCUGCAUCAUGGACCAUGCCCAGUGGUAUAGUGGAAUACUAUGACGUCUUCUGCCUAGUUGGAGACCCUUCACCAGUCAUGGGCAACCCCUCAGGCAACCUGACAGCAUCUUGUGUCAAUCUAACAAUGCCUGGAGACGACUAUAAUAUAUCUGUGACUGCAGUCAGUAAUGGUCAACGUAGUGAGACAGACACUAUCACAAUCACUGCGUGUAAGUUUAUCCCAUAA